AUGCCCUUAUGAAAGUCGUGCUCUCUUUGCUGCACACUCCCGCAGGAUUGCUCUACCUGUCACACGACUAGCUCUUCAUCCGCUCUAAGUGCUUGGGGCCUCAGCCUUGCGUUCGCUCCCACCACUACGGUCGCUGCCACAGCCCACCUUAGUUCUUCUUGCCCUGUAUCCUCUCUGCUCUCAUCUGCCUCGUGUUCUUCAUCCACUAAUCAUUUCUCUUCCUCCGCCGCUGCCAUUUCUGGGGCAUCUGGGAUAUGCGCUUGUCCACUAAAUGCAAUAUUCUGCAACCCCACCAAUCCUCGUCUGCCACCCUAUCCAGAGCCCUGUCGUCUUCGACCUGAGGCUCGGCUGCGACCGCAUUCACCAGCAAGUGUAGUUGCCGCUACCGCAUCAUCUGCCGUCGGACAGACUAUGGCCGCAUUGGCUUCUCUGUCUGGCCAAGGAGGUCCGGAUAAGGCUGCAGCCUGUUCUAGUCUUUCCGAGCUUUAUCAUCUGCAGCAACAGCACCCACACUACAACUCGCACCAUCAACUUCAACAGAAUCAUUUGUAUUGUCAACAACAGCAACAUCCCCUUCAAUUGCAGAAAAAAUGGGCCCAGUUACAGUAA